AUUCCAUUCGGUUCGCCCUUGACCUUGGACCUACCAGGUUUCCCAGCUGCGCCGGAGAUUGUAGGCCUACAGUAGCUAAGUAGGGUAGCGGUCACACAGCAGUCAUGUCAGCUUCUCUUCUCCGCAGCGUUGUUCGCCGAGAGGCUCUAGCAGCACGGGCAGUUUGGAAAUGUUCCAGGGUGUAUGCCAGCACAGUGCCUACAACAAAAAAUUUCAUCAAUGGAAAAAUGGUGGAGUCCAAAACUGACAAGUGGAUUGAUGUGCAUAACCCAGCUACUAAUGAAGUCGUGACUAAGGUACCAGAAUCCACCCAGGACGAGAUGCAGGAGGCGGUGGAUGUGGCAAAAGAAGCAUUCAAGACCUGGCAGGACACAACCAUCCUUACUCGACAGCAGUACAUGUUUAAAUUCCAAAGUAUCAUCAAGGAUAACAUAUCAUCACUGGCAAAGAACAUCACUCUAGAACAGGGCAAAACUCUAAUUGAUGCUGAGGGGGAUGUCAUGCGUGGAUUACAGGUUGUAGAGCACUGCUGCAGUAUUCCAUCCCUCCAGCUGGGCGAGACCUUGUCUGGUAUUGCUAAAGACAUGGACACUAUGACCUACAGGAUGCCCAUAGGAGUAGUAGCUGGUAUUACACCAUUUAACUUUCCAGCCAUGAUACCGCUAUGGAUGUUCCCCAUGGCCCUUACUUGUGGUAACACAGUCGUCAUGAAGCCAUCAGAGCGUGACCCUGGGGCGUGUAUGAUGUUGGUGGAGAUGGCUAAGGAGGCAGGUGUUCCUGAUGGCGUCGUCAAUGUCAUCCAUGGCAGACAUGACUCUGUGAAUUUCAUUUGUGACAAUCCUGAUAUCAAGGCUAUCUCAUUCGUGGGCUCAGAUCAAGCUGGUUCCUACAUUUAUGAGAGGGGAUCCAAGAAUGGUAAAAGAGUCCAGUCCAAUAUGGGUGCUAAAAAUCAUGGCGUGAUUCUGCCUGAUGCCAACAAGGAGAACACCCUGAACCAGUUGGUAGGGGCUGCGUUCGGUGCCGCCGGACAAAGAUGUAUGGCUCUCUCAACUGCCAUAUUUGUUGGAGAGGCCAGGGAGUGGAUUCCAGAAUUCAUAGAGAAAGCCAGGAAACUCCAAGUGAAUGCAGGUCAUGAACCCAAUGCUGACCUUGGACCAUUGAUUUCACCUGCCGCGAAGCAGCGUGUCCUUGACCUUGUGCAGUCUGGUGUGGAUGAGGGUGCUGAAAUCCUACUCGAUGGAAGAGACUGUCAAGUGAAGGGAUAUGAGCAGGGAAACUUUGUUGGACCAACCAUGAUACACAAAGUCAAGCCUGACAUGACGUGUUACAAAGAAGAAAUCUUUGGACCUGUGCUGGUCAGUAUGGAGGUGGACACCUUAGAUGAUGCCAUCAAUUGCAUAAACAAUAAUCCUUAUGGCAACGGUACUGCCAUCUUCACAACCAAUGGUGCAGCAGCACGCAAGUUCACCAUGGAAACAGAUGUAGGCCAGAUUGGUGUAAAUGUACCAAUCCCUGUACCUCUGCCCAUGUUCUCCUUCACUGGAUCCAGAGGAUCAUUCAAGGGAGAUAUGAACUUUUACGGAAAAGGGGGUAUCCAGUUCUACACUCAGCUGAAGACCGUUACACAGAUGUGGAGAGCUGACGAUGCCUCCAUUGGACAGAAGCAGACAGCAAUGCCUGUCAUGCGAUAACGUUUUAAUACAGAGUGGUUGUUGAUAAUGUUGAGCGUAUCGUAAGGUUGGGAGGAAAGACUUGUCCACUUGUGAUAAAAAUGUGCCACAUUUUACACCUUGUUAUUGCUAGAUAUUUACAUAGGUUUUAGAAAUAAUCAGAUUAUUGUUGAAUGAUUCCCCAAUAGGGUAAUCUGCAUGGGGUAACUCGGCUUUUGCAUUUCUUUUGAUAAACUUUUACUCAAGUGUUUGUUUGAGAGCACUCAAUACUGUGUCUGUUUCAUGUACAUAGCAUAGACAUUGAAAUUUCGUCCUCAUCCUUUUCGAUAUGAUUUUUGGUUAAUUAUUCUAUUUUCUAUAAAGAAUCAUUGAUUAACAAAAGUCAAUCUUUUGUUGGCACAGAUAUAUUAAACUGAUGUAUUUCAUGUCUUAUACAGAUUUAAACGAUAGAGUAAUAUUUGAAUAUUAUUAUUAUAAUGUUGAUUAUUCUUGAGAUAUCCCAGACUCAUGCUUUGAAUAUCUCACCGAAAUCAAAUUAGUUAAUAUUUGAUGUUUCAUUUGUUUGUGCUUUAAUCUUUUUUGAUUUCAUACCGGUAAUAGAAAUAUCCCCAGAAAAGUGCUUUAUCAGUUUCUUUUUUCUUUGGCACAGAAUAUGAACUAUCUGACUUGAUUUAUAUGUCAUGGGAAAAUAUCUCUGAUGAUAUUAAGAAUGUGUGAUGAAUAUCUGUGUGUGUUUGUUACUUCAUCAGAGCUGAGUUCUUGUCUCAUUGUUAUGAAAUGAUUCCUUGUUGAACAAUGUAUGAUUAUCAACAUAUCUAUUUUUAACCAUAAAGUGCUUCAUAACAAAGAAAUUCAUCAGUUAGAUAAUGAAGAAUCUUAUGGAUCGUGUUUUAUAGCUUGUGUGAUUAGUGUAACCAAAAUUAUGCACAAAAUAUUAAAGUCUGUCAAAAUAAACAUUCAAAUGCUAAA